CAGGAACAUAAAAAGGUUCCUGCCUCAUUUGUGAGGAUUUACUGCUUUUCUAUAUUUUUUUAUGAUAGUAAAUUGAGCAUGUUUGAGUUUUGGACUGUUGGUUGGGCAAAACAAGAUAUCAUCUAAAAACAUUACCCUAUCCUUUAACCGCUUAUUUGUUUGGUCUAUUACACAUUAGAAAACAGUGAAAAAUGGCCAUCGCAUUUACCUAGACUGGAGAUCAAGGAAAUAUCUUUAAAUGUCCUGUUUUGUCCAAAGAUAUUUAAUUAACAGUGUUAUAAAACAUAGAAAAGCAACAAAUCCUCAUAUUUGAGUAUCUGGAAGCAGCAAAUGUUUGUAAUUUCUUCAAAAUAGUUUACAAACAAUUUUCUGUUGAGCAACUUGCAGUUCAAAGUGAAACACAUUUAAGCAAUACUGAAUGUGUGUGUAUGUGUGUGCUCUCAGGGACCAUUACCAUCCUCAUGUCCAAUGGAGGAGGCUUUUACGGACGCACUGAGCACAUCCGCCAGUCGCCCUAUUAUGACCAGGUGCCACCAGGCUCCUUACCCCGAUCAGACUCCUACGAUCUGCAGCCGCUGACAGAGCAGACGGCGGCUCGACUCGCUCAGAGCGCAGACCCCCUCCCUCCUCCGCCUCUGCCAGACCAGCCUCCAGUGGGCCCUGAGUUUGAUCCAAGUGGCAGCGAGUACAACGUAGACCCCGACCACGACCCCGCCCUCGACAUUAAACCGGUCCACCGCUUCAUCCCUGACUCCUGGAAGAACUUCUUCAGAGGAAGCAACCGCAGCAGUAACCAGGCGUGGUCAAUGCCUUCGUCCUCAAGUAACAACAACAACAGCACCACUGACGGAGUGCGCUGCUCUCCUCCACAGUCCCCUGUUCCGGGAUCAUACCGAGAUCCUUAUGGCGGAUCAGCCGGCAGCUACAACUCACGCAAGGAGCUUCUGGAACUACGGGAUGCCAAUGAGUCCGUGUCAGGGCGCACCUACCGCACAGGUCUAACCUACAGCGAGCGGGUGGAUGAGUACCAUCUGCGCUACGCCUACAUGAAGUCCUGGGCAGGGCUGCUGAGGAUUCUGGGAUGUGUGGAGCUCCUUCUUGGAGCAGCUGUGUUUGCCUGCGUCUGUGCUUACAUCCAUAAAGACAACGAGUGGUUCAACAUGUUUGGAUACUCGUCUCCUGGAGGAGCGUACGGAGGAGGUGCAUACGGAGGAGGUGCAUACGGUGGUGGCACAGGUGGGUCCUACUACUCAGGCCCUAAGACCCCGUUUGUGUUGGUGGUGGCAGGACUGGCCUGGUUGGUGACUGUGAUAUUGCUAGUGCUGGGGAUGACUAUGUACUAUCGCACCAUCCUGCUGGACUCCAACUGGUGGCCUCUGACUGAGUUUACCACAAACCUGGCGCUGGCAGUGCUGUACAUGUCAGCAGGCAUUGUCUAUGUGCGAGACACGACCCGUGGAGGGCUCUGCUCCUACCCGGUCUUCAACAAUGGCAUCAAUGGGGCGUUUUGCAGAACAGAGGCAGGCCAGACUGCUGCCAUUAUCUUCCUGUUUGUCACUCUGGUUGUGUAUCUGAUCGGAGCCAUCGUGUGUCUCAAGCUGUGGAGACAAGAAGCUGCACGCAGAUACCAGGAGAAGCACGGCCAGGAGAUGCAUCCCUACGACAUGCGAGCUGCACGAUCAUUGAUUGCUCCAGUUUCAGCUCCUGCUCCCAAAGAUCCAGAGCAGAUCCAAGACUCCUCAGUGGUUCCCAUCCGGGCUGCUCCAAAAGCACUUCCACCACACAUUUUGCAGGGAACGAUACCAUCAGGACACAUUCCAAAACCUAUUAUUGUGCCUGACUACAUUGGGAAGUACCCAACGAUCCGCUCAGACGAGGAACGGGACCAGUACCGAGCCGUGUUCAACGACCAGUACGCAGAGUACAAAGAGCUCCACUCGGACGUGCAAGUUACCGUAAAGAAGUUCGAUGAGAUGGACGCCAUGAUGCGCAGUCUGCCCCAGCAGCCUACCAGCCAGAUGGAGGUUGAUCGCAUUAAGAGAAUCCUUCAGGACUACCAGAGGAAGAAGAAUGACCCGACUUUCCUGGAGAAGAAGGAGCGCUGCGAGUACCUGAAGAGCAAACUGUCACACAUCAAACAGAAGAUCCAAGAAUACGAUAAAGUGAUGGAGUGGAACGACGGAUUCAGCUAAACCUCUGAGGCGUCUGUACUCUGGCUCACCACCGAACACUAAUACAGAACUGUAGCUCACAGCUGAGCAGUGCUGGUGGGGAAACUUUUGACUGGAGAGUAAACGGGAGGUCUUUUAAAUCUGUGCAGCGGAUGUCGUCUGUGUUUAUUAAAGCCCACAAGUAGAAGCAAAGGGGUAGAAAGUUUUAUUCUUAAAGAAAUAACUUGACAUUUUGGGAAAUAAGCUUGAUCACUUUCUGGUGGAGAGAAAGUAGAUACUGCUCUCAUGUCUGGAGGAAAACUAUAACGAUACAUCCAGAAGCCAGUUAGCUUAGCUUAGCACAAAGACUGGAAGCUGUUGGGGCUCUUGAGUGUCUACUUUCAGUAUAAACAUUACAAUUAGCCUUUUUAAAAGGAGUUAUGUGCAGGACUAUUGUCUUAGAAAUAGUAAUAGCCCAGCACACGUAAUUUUACUGAUUAAACAAACAAUAUAUAAGAUGUUAAUUAACAAGCUAGGUGCUAGUUGGUGGGUUGUUGGACAGCCUGUUCUCAGUCUUUAUGCUAAGCUAACUGUUUCCUGGCUAUAGUUUUAUGUUUAAAUUAUAUGAUCGUGAUGUUUAUCACUUCGCCUGAAAGCUAAUAAGCACUUUUCCCAAAAUGUAUAUAUAUUAAUAUAUAUAUAU